AUGACUUCGAUUUUCGACCAGUACGAGCAGGCUUCGCAGAGUUCCCAGCGGACUAAACCUGUAACAGAGCCUAUGGUAUCUUCUGGGUACAUAAACAUGUUGAUGGAAGACAAUACUCCAAUGUUUUCCAAGAGUAAAAUGAUGUUGAAGAACCUGUCUGAUGCGAUCACUCAUGCAGCAGUGUGCAACGAUUAUCUAGUUCUUGCUAUGGCUAAUGGGAACCUGUUUCGUCUAAAUUUGAAGAAGCCAGAUCGUGGAGAAGAAAUCCAAUAUUCAAAGUUUGUCCAACCAAACUCGAAGCUAACAGGAAUCUUCCUAGAUCCUCUUGGACAUCACCUACUCAUGGCAUUCACUUCAAAGAAGAAAGAUGGCUACCCAGAACUCAUAUACUUACACCAGAGUAGUUCGAAAUAUAAAUUAGUCAGUAAAUCUAGAAACUAUGAGGUUACCGAAGUAGGUUGGAACUGGGAGAACACAUCAGAGGUUAAUACCGGUCCAAUCCUCCUUGGUACGUCUCAGGGCCAUAUUAUUGAGACUGAGUUGGAAGCUGACAGCGAUAAGACUUUUACAGCCAGUCACCCUUAUUGGAGAGAGCUGCCUAGCUAUCUCCCUCUGUAUGGGAGCAAGGAUAUUGAUGGUUUGAUUUUCGACAUCGGCAAAGGCACGGACAUGCCGAUAACUGGCAUACAGUUCCACAGAGUAAAUAAUACGAGUAGAUAUUUUAUUUUUAUUACUACACCAACGAGGUUGUAUCAGUUUAUGGGCCAAGCUGUUAUGAAGGAUAACAAGCCAAGUUUGCAGUCUCUUUUCUAUUCAUACUUGACUAUCCCCGAGACUGGGUUCCAAGAGAUACCAUCUACACUGAAAUAUUCGAAGCUGCAGUUCUUCGAUAAAAAUGACGUUCCUAAGACUUUUGCAUGGUUGACUGAGCCGGGUAUUUUCUAUGGACAGCUGGACCCAACUUCUCAACAGAACUCGAACUCGCUGUUCACACAGGGAGCUCUGAUCAGUUACCCAACAGAUGGAGACGAGCCAGAAAACGCUCCUCUAUCCUUCGUCCUCACAGAGUUCCAUGUACUCCUUAUGUACUCUGACAGAGUCAAGGUCAUCUCUCUCAUCAGCCAGGAACUGGUCUUCGAAGACAGGUACUCAGAAGCUCAAGGGAAGCUAAAGAAUAUAGUGAGAGACGCCAAAAAGAGAACAAUUUGGGCCAUUACAGACAAAUGUGUGUUCCGAUACAAAGUAGUUAGAGAAGAACGAAAUCUGUGGAUCAUUUACUCUGAUAAAGAACAAUUUGAUUUAGCCAAAGAAUACUGCUACAACAAUCCAGCUUACAUCGACGUCAUCAAUGUCAAACAAGCUGAACUACUCUUCAAUAAAGGAGAAUAUGAAAAGAGUGCGGCCAUAUUUGCAGACACGCAAAAGAGUUUCGAAACAAUAUGCCUUAAGUUUCUUGAAAUAGACCAAAUUAAUGCUUUGAAAGUGUACCUCGAAAAGCGAUUGGAGACUUUGAAAGAAGAUGAGAAGACUUUGAUAUCCAUGCUGGUUAUAUGGAUGACUGAGUUAUAUUUGUCGCAGUUAGGUCUCCUCCGUCGUACGGGAAAGCAAGAUACAGAGGAAUACCAUCAAAUACAAAGUAAUUUCGAAGUAUUUUUACUUCAUCCUAAAGUUGCAAAAUGUAUGCAGCAUGUCAAAUCUGUUGUGUACGACUUGAUGGCUUCUCAUGGCGAUAAACUAAAUUUGAUAAAAUUGACUAUAAUUAAUGAGGACUAUGAGAGUGUAGUAGCACAGUAUAUUAGCAAAAAGUCUUAUUUAGAAGCAAUAGAUACGUUGAAGACUUUGAAAAGGCCAGAGUUGUUCUAUCAAUUCGCCGCCACGCUUAUGGAGGAGAGUCCUAAACAUACCGUGAAUGCUUUGAUAUCCCAGGGAGCUAGACUGAGCCCUUCAAAAUUGCUACCAGCAUUUUUGUCUUGUAAGAAUGAUGAGGCUCAUGUGUCCGAGAUCAUACGGUACUUGGAGUUUAUAUUGCAGCACUUUAACGUGAGAGACAAGGCGAUACAUAACUAUUUGCUGACGUUAUACGUGGAGCACGAUCAUGAGGCGCUCAUGAUGUAUCUGUCGCGACAAGGACAGGAUGUUACUAUGGUCAAUUAUGAUGUGCAUUAUGCUUUGAGAUUAUGUCGCGAAAAGAAUUUAUCAGAAGCGUGCGUGAAACUGUCAGCGUUGCUCGGUCUGUGGGAUUCAGCAGUGGAACUAGCACUGCAAGUGAGCCUGACUCUGGCCAAGAGUAUAGCUGACAUGCCAGAGCAGACGGAACUUAGGCGACAACUGUGGCUGAAUAUCGCUGAAAACGUGAUCACGAAGAACCAGGACAUGCAAGAAGCGAUGAGUUUCCUCGAGGAAUGUCCGCUUAUCAAGAUCGAAGACAUACUGCCAUUCUUCAGCGAUGUCAUCACCAUAGAUCACUUUAGACAACCUAUCUGUGAUUCUUUGCAGGAAAACAACAAUCAAAUUGAAGAAAUGAAGGCCGAAAUGGAAGAAGCGAUUGCGGCUGCUGAAUACGUACGGGCAGAGAUCCAGUCAUUCCGUAACCGCAGUGUGACAGUGCUAGUAUCAGACGUGUGUUGUCUGUGCGACAUCGCGCUCCUACUGCGUCCCUUCUACUUGUUCCCCUGCGGACACAAGUUCCACAGCGACUGUCUCAUGCAGGAGACGUUGCCCAUAUUAACACCAGCCCGCCGCAACAAGCUAUCAGACCUUCAAAGGCAGUUGUCAGUUCUAUCCAACAUUGAGCUCUCGACGAUCACAUCCAGUGGCCUCCCACUCCGAGAGAUCCUUAGAAAUGAGAUCGAUGACCUGAUAGCCAGCGAAUGCAUCUUUUGCGGCGAGUACAUGAUCAACUGCAUCGAUAAACCCUUCAUCAAUGAUGAAGACUGGGAGAAGGUGAUGAAGGAAUGGGAGUGA